GGUACGACUUGUAUUUUGUAAAAAAUUAAGACUUUCUCUAGCAUGAUACUGAUUAAGUUUUAUCUUCCCCAGGUGAGUGCUAAUCCAGAGGUUUUUUUAUGGUUAUAAAUCGCCAUACUUCACUACAGAUACAAGUGACCGUGGAGUAUUCAUUUGUUGGAGAGGCUGGUAGCUACAGCGCUGACAAUCAAUAUGGUCUUAUCCAAAGGAGUGAUCAUCCUCCAUGGAUUUCAGACGGUUAUAGCAAAGGCUGGUGAUGCAGUCACAAGUGGCUCUGUGACGUUCCAGUUGUCCGUCAGCGUUGAUAUGGCUCCAGCAGUGCAGAUUCUGGUCCACAGCGUUCUUCCCAGUGAGAAUGCAGUUGCUGCUAGUGUGCCGUUUGACACCGAUAUGCAUUUCCAGAACCAGGUGUCUCUGCAGUUUUCUCCAGCUACGACUGUUCCUGCGGAGGGAAACGUUCUGAUGGUGUCUCCUCAAGCAGGAUCUCUGUGUGGUAGAUCAGAGCAUCCGGAUCAUGGAGCCAGGAAGACGUCUGAGUGCUGAAAGGGUGUCUGUGUGCCUCAAUCAGGUUUUUUGUUUGAGCUUUUAAUCUGGAUAUUUCAGUGUGUGGCACUUCUGAUUAGAAUGCCACUUUAGUUUACCCCAGUGUCUGAAGUACAAGGGCCUGAGUUUUUAUCGCAACUUCAGUGUCGGUAUGUCUGUUACUUUGAUUCUUACUCUAGAAAUUGGUACAUGACUUAAAGAUAAAAUGAAAAAAUGUAGUCUUGUGUUGUAAUGGUCUAUACUAGCUUUUGUUACUGAAUGUGGUCUUUUAA